CUGUCGGUUAACUCUGAUCAAGAUGACAACCUCCCAAAAGCACAGAGAAUUCGUGGCAGAGCCCAUGGGGGAAAAGCCAGUGGGGAGCCUGGCUGGAAUUGGUGAAGUCCUGGGCAAGAAGCUGGAGGAAAGGGGCUUUGACAAGGCCUAUGUGGUCCUUGGCCAGUUUCUGGUGCUAAAGAAAGAUGAAGACCUCUUCCGGGAAUGGCUAAAGGGCACAUGUGGUGCCAAUGCCAAGCAGUCCCAGGACUGCUGCCGGUGCCUUCAAGAGUGGUGUGACACCUUCCUGUGA